CAUGGCUCUCAAGCUCGAUCUCUCCUCCCUCGACCCGCUCAAAACCACACUCACCUCCCCAGAUGGCACCGCGCGGUUCACGACCGAAACAGACGCCGGGCCAGAGAAGAAGACCCGCGUGACCCUCAUCAAGAAGGUUGGAACCGAAAGUAUGACGGACUGGUCGACCGAGAUUGGCAGAGUUGAGUGGCAGGAGGAUCAGGACAUUAUGCCCGCUGUGAUGCUCGGGGACCGGGUGCUGGACAUGACGAAGACUGGUGGGAAGUUUACAAGCCCCGAGAAGUUUCAGGCGUCAGACGGAGAGUGGUACGAAUGGCGAAUCCAGAGUAUGCAGCCUACACUCGUCCCCCUCUCCACCGGCGUCGGUCAUGUCGCGACGUUCUCGUCGAGCACACACCGCUCGGGGCUGAAGAAAGUGCACACCGCCUCGCUCUUCAUCGCACCCGAGGGCAUGCACCUACUCGACGAGAUUGUCAUCACGUUCGUGUACUUCCUUGCGCGUUGGAGAAAUCGCGAGGCCGCACGAGAACGCAAGAACGGGAUCAACCCUUUGGCGUGGAUCGGAAUAGGUUCGAGCGGUGGGGCGAUUUGAAGCUUUCCAGCGUUGUCACUGUUGUCGUCUCACAGUAUAUAUGGUGUGUAUAUGCGCCUGUGUUUGUCUCGGACCACUUUUUCCUAUAUUAUAACUGCAUACUUGGG